AUGUCUUCAGCUUCAUCCGCAGCCUCGGAUUCAGAAGAUGACCGAAUGACGACGCACUCAGCCCCCGCUACCACGUAUCGACCUAUCGCACCCCUUCCACAUUCGCCUCGUGCUACGUCCCCCUCGUCUCUCUCCACAGCAGACGACCAUGUCACUCGCAGCACUACUGCCACCCACACCGCCACCUCGGCGAUUGAUUCCAUUCAAGCUCGUCUGCAGUCCAGCGACACUGCCUCGAUCGCAUCGUCCCACUCCAACUCGAUCUCUUCUUCCUCGUCUUCCAAGCCGCCGAUGCGUCACGCUCUUCCACCCAAACCCGUCACUACGAUGCCUUCGUCCACCUCGAACGGCGUCGCUUCUUCGUCCUCCUCUUCGUCAGCAGCGGCGGCUGCCAAGGCCAACACGGCCAAACGCUCGCGUGUCGACUCUUCGCUCGUACCCCAGAUUCCCAAGGUCCCCAAGACAGCCGUGGAAAAGGAGAACACGCCUCGACUGAUUGUUGUCCUCGAACAGGCGUGUCUCGAGACGUACAAAGUUUCCACUGGUUCCGCUUCGCGCAGCUCAUCCGGCUCCGGUGGCAGGAACAAAGAUGGCGGGGACAAGUACGCUUUGCUCAACUGCGAUGAUCACCAACGCGUACUCGCAAAGAUGGGCCGCGACAUCGCCGAAGCUCGUCCUGACAUCACUCACCAGUGCCUCUUGACGCUGCUCGACUCUCCGCUCAACAAGGCGGGGUUGCUUCAAGUCUACAUCCACACCGCCAAGGGCGUCUUGAUCGAGGUCAACCCGCACGUUAGGAUUCCAAGGACGUUUAAGCGCUUUUCCGGCCUGAUGGUUCAGCUGCUGCACAAACUCAGCAUCCGUUCCAUGGGCGGCUCGGAAAAGCUGCUUCGCGUCAUCAAGAACCCGGUCACGGAUCACUUUCCUGCCAACACGCACAAGAUCACCCUCUCAUUCGAUUCACCCGUCCAAAGAUUGGCCAACUACCUACCGACGAUUCCGGAAAACCACAGCAUCGCCGUCUUCGUAGGCGCCAUGGCUCAUGGUAAGGACAACUUUGCCGAUGGCGUAGUCGACGAGAAGAUCAGUAUCUCCGAGUACUCCUUAAGCGCCAGUGUGGCGUGUGGAAAGUUUUGCUGUGCAUUGGAGGAUUUCUGGGGCGUGGUGUGA